GGUAGCCUAAACACGUGAUGGGCUGGGCUACAAUGGCUUGCCGCUUCAAGUUGUCCACACCGUGCAACUUUGCGUGUAGCUUCAUUAUGUCGCCACAAGAUUGUCCACAGGUGGCAUCGUCGGCAGUGGACCAAGCUAUUUUCCACAGUGGCUAAAUUCCUAUAUAAGCUCUAGCUCACUUGAUGUUCUCUUCCAAUUGCACCCAGACUUACGACUUUGCUCCUCCAAAUGUCCCCUGUUGUUGAUACUCGAUCUCGUACUACCUACAACCAACCGGCCGAUACAGUUGUCAACUGCUCUGCAGCGACCGACAGUGCGCACACGAAGCGUACUCUCAGACGGUUCAAGAAAGAGGAUGGUGUGAUCUAUCACAUUCCGUCAAGUUCGAAUCUAGCGAGCCUUUUCGCAUCAGACGAGAGUGGCCCCAUCUUGGAGAAACCCUCUACUCUCAACAGGAAGUCGUCUUCCGCAUCGAUUGACACAACCCGUCCCCUCCAAGUCCGAGCCGUUCGUCGACCCUUAAGCGCGUCUGAGACAGUGGCUCCUCACAAGACGACUUCUCAGCAUACAGCCAAGAGCCCUAUAGCAUCUCCGACCAAGCCACCUUCAACGAAACCAGGCGCUCGCAAACUUCAACGGUCAGCGUCUUCUAGAGUGGAGGAUAGUGCGGAACCGGACAUCGAGAGCAUUACUUCUCGCAUUCUCCAGCGUUUCGCUAUCUUUCAGGUUGCCUUCGAUUUCGGCGAUGUUGGAGAACUAGAGCCCGCCUCACAGGCUACAGUCGACGAUACGCCGGCAAACUAUGCCUUGGAAGAUCUUAUUAUGAAGGUCCGCUGCCACGAACGCCACGUCACGACGUGGGACGCGCCCGAGAGCGCGUUCUUCAUCUUCCCAGCGCAACUCCUGAUUGCAUGUACCUCUACAAACGAUUUCGAUCCCCUGGUUGUUCCGGACGUCACAAUCGCCCAUCUCGUCUGCACCACAGUGGCAAUAAAUGGUUCCAACAAGUUCCACCGCCAAAUCGCGUUCAGGACAUUUUAUGAUGGGGCCACGAUACGCUACGUGAAUGAUAGGCCUACGCCUGAUCUGUCUCGAGGCAUUCAUAUUGGGGAUGUCCCAUGGUGUUCUACCAUGGACGGGGAUGGUAAUUUCGGGUGGUACAUGCGCUUCUGGAUUCCAAUUCCCUUCGCACUGUUUCAGCGAGCGGAAACAAGGGCUUUCAAGAUCGAUGCCAGGGUACAUGUUAAUGGAGAAGAUGGUAAAGAAGGGUUUAUGAACUCUUCGAGCGAUUUCACGUUGUCGAGGUUGAUGAGAGGUGUGGCGAUGUAAACAGAACUAUAUGAAUUGUCGCCUUGUACUAACAACAUGAACAAAGAGAAAUAAAUAGGAUCAGCUCGGAUCAAGCAAGGUGUAAGUCGGCAUCGCCGACCCCUAGUAUGAAUUGUCGCCUUGUACUAAUGACUGAAAGUUGACACUG